CCGGGGGUCCCCAGUUCAACCGAGGCCGCGCACCAUGCGCCUGCCGAGCCUCGCGCGCCCGCCGCCUCCUGCGCUCCAACCCGCGUCGCCGCCCGGACUCCCCCGGAGGCAGGUCGACCCUCCUGGGCAGCUCCUGCGCCUCUUCUACUGCACCGUCCUGGUCUGCUCCAAAGAAAUUGGGGCGCUCACCGACUUCUCCGGUUACCUAACCAAACUUCUGCAAAAUCACACCGCCUACGCCUGUGACGGCGACCACUUGAACCUCCAGUGCCCUCGGCAUUCUACGAUAAGUGUUCAAUCGGCAUUUUAUGGGCAAGAUUACCAAACCUGUAGUGCCCAGAAGCCUGCCUCCCAGAGGGAAGACGGCUUAACCUGCGUGGCACCCACCACAUUGCAGAAGGUGCUGGACGAAUGCCAGAACCAUCGGGCCUGCCACCUCCUGGUCAAUAGCCGUGUUUUUGGACCUGACUUUUGUCCAGGAAGCAGUAAAUACCUCCUGGUCUCCUUUAAAUGCCAACCUAAUGAGCUGAAAAACAAAACCGUGUGUGAGAACCAGACGCUGAAGCUGCACUGUCACGAAUCCAAGUUCCUCAACAUCUACUCGGCCACCUACGGCCGCCAGAGCCAGGAGCGCCAUCUCUGUGCUGCAGAGGCCAAGUGGCUACCGCCCUUUGACUGCUUGUCCUACUCAGCACUGCAAGUAUUAUCCCAGAGGUGCUACGGGAAGCAACGAUGCAAAAUUGUUGUCAACAACCACCAUUUCGGAAGCCCCUGUCUGCCGGGAGUGAAGAAGUACCUCACAGUCAACUAUGCUUGUGUUCCCAAGAACAUCCUCACAGCGAUUGAUCCGGCCAUUGCUAAUAUAAAACCUUCUUUGAAGGAGAAAGAUGGUGAAUAUGGCAUAAACUCGGACCCCAGCGGAACAAGGGUCCUGAGAAAAGAUGGUGCCCUCGUGAGUAACUCUCUGGCGGCCUUCGCCUAUAUUAGAGCCCAUCCUGAGAGGGCGGCUCUGCUCUUCGUGUCCAGUGUCUGUAUCGGCUUGGCGCUCACCUUGUGUGCCUUGGUCCUUCGUGUGUCCUGCACCAGGGACAUCAAAGAGCUGCAGCUGACUAAGGAGUUUCUGGUCUCCGGAAGUGACCGAGUGGAGGAGGACAGUAAGGAUGAAGAGGAAGAGGAGGUGGAGCACUCAUCAGACUCAGAUCUGCCCCAAGAACUGUCAGGGUUAUGCAGGACUUCGUACCCAGCCUAUACGUCUAUAGAGGCUGCGGAGUUAGCAGAAAGGAUUGAGCGCAGGGAGCAGAUCAUCCAGGAAAUAUGGAUGAACAGUGGCUUGGACACAUCUCUCCCGAGGAACAUGGGUCAGUUCUACUGAAAAAGAGCUGUGUCCGGAAACCAAGCCAGCUGUGGAAGUGGAGUGGGGAGAGCGGGGCUCCAUCAUGCCCAACCCAAUCCUGCUUUCUUUGUACCUUCUGUGAAGGAGAAUCAUGAAUGCCAGAAAGCACCUUGGAAACUGUUUACAGAAUUUUUCCAAAUAAAUCCAGAGGGAAGAUA